CACCCGGACCAAACAGACAUUUUUAUCAUUCCGGUUGACGAAAAAUAGCUCACUACGUGACUGUGGCAACAGACAACCAACCUCGAUUUACUCUAAUAAGGAUUGCUUUUUGUAUCGACCGGAAAUUGGAAUCAAGAUGUUUUACACAUGUGGACCCAAUGAAGCCAUGGUGGUGUCUGGCUUUGGCCGUUCUCCUCCUCUAAUGAUUGCUGGAGGAAGAGUGUUUGUCCUCCCGUGUAUUCAAAAGAUCCAGAGAAUCACACUUAACACCCUGACUCUAAAUGUGAAGAGUGACAAAGUCUACACCCGUCGAGGUGUCCCGGUCUCUGUAACUGGCAUUGCACAGGUGAAGAUCCAGGGCCAGAACAAGGAGAUGUUGGCCACCGCCUGCCAAAUGUUUAUGGGCAAGUCGGAGGCUGAGAUUUCCAAUAUUGCACUAGAAACUCUGGAGGGACAUCAGAGGGCCAUUAUUGCUCAUUUGACUGUGGAGGAGAUCUACCAGGACCGUAUGAAGUUCUCCGAGCAGGUCUUUAAGGUGGCCUCCUCUGACCUGGUCAACAUGGGGAUUGGCGUCGUCAGCUAUACGCUCAAAGAUGUUCAUGAUGAUCAGGACUACCUUCACUCCCUUGGUAAAGCCAGAACAGCCCAGGUGCAGAGGGAUGCCAGGAUCGGAGAGGCUCAAUACAAACGAGAUGCUGUCAUGAAGGAGGCCCACGCGAUGCAGGAGAAAGUUUCAGCUCAGUACAAGAAUGAGAUUGAGAUGGCAAAAUCCCAGAGAGACUAUGAGCUGAAAAAGGCAGCCUAUGAUGUAGAGGUCAACACCAAGAAGGCGGAGUCAGAAAUGGCCUAUCAACUUCAGAUGGCAGAGGAGAUCAGCAAGCCACUGUCGGAAGUCCAGAAGGUCACCAUGGUGUCCAGUGGCGGCUCAGAGGUGGGAGCAGCCAAACUUGCUGGAGAGGUGCUCGAUAUCAUGACCAGGCUGCCCAUGACUGUGGAGAAACUCACUGGAAUCGACAUCUCCCAGGCUACAGGAAAGACCAUGCGUGUGCAUUAAGAAGAGAAGAAGAGUAGAAGAAAUCAGGAGAGGUGUCACUAAUGAUCAGACUCAGAGCUCCACAUCUCCUGCUUGUGCCUAUAGCCACUGUAAUGACUGCAACACUGUAGUCCUGUGUGAUUGUUUGUGUGCCUGCAUGUGUUUUGUUGGUUCCUCCUCCAUCUAAACAGAAUUGUUCUUCCUCCUUUAUGUGGUUUCCUUUCAUGAACAUGAUCUGAGUUGUUGUGCAUACUGCGGUGGGUGACAGCAGAAGCAGCUGCAAGGUAUACAGUUAUUCAUGAAGCUACUUUUUUUGCCAGGAGGAGACAAAAAGCCUCAGUCCAAUUUAGCUGUUGAUGGUGCAAGUAGGAAUUCCUGUCAUUGUUUUUAAUUUUUUUAUCUGACCGCAAUCAGCCUCAUUUUCAUAAACUGUUGUUCAUGUUUUUUUUACUUUUUAAUGUAGAAAAUGUCUGCGGCUGUAGUUUAUCUAAACGUGUUUUUGUGCCUUUCACUUGAUUAAAUGGUGUUGCGCUCUUUAUCACAGCAUCACCUCUUAGUUUUCUGUGUGGCUGUAUUAUUACUGUCACUGUAGUUCUAGUAUUGACUAUCUUUGUGCACUCAUCCUUUAUAUAGAGACAAAGUUGGGAUGAGGCUAGUUUACACCACAUGUUUGUUUGUAGUAAGAGAUUAUAUUACUGGGCCCAAAAUCAUGUCAGGUGUAUAGCAAGUGGAAGUUGUGGUUUCAGAAUGAAAGGGCUGGAAGUGUUUUUUUGGGAAAGAAACUGAGGGGGAUUCCUGUCAAAUGAAAGUAUGUUGUGGUGGGACAAUCAAUGCUGACUUUUUAUUGCAGUCUCUUCUUGAGUCCUGGCAUUUAAAUGGCGAGAGUAAAGAAGGACCCUCACGAACUAACUGACGGACUAACCAGCCUGCUGCUUCGAUAUGCUUGCUGCCUGGAGUCUGCCUUAAACUGACAUACAAGAGAUAGUAUGAUUUUAUUUUUUUUAUGUAUUUUCCAUGAUAAUGUGAUGCUGAGUCUUAGCAGUCAGUCUUGAAGGCUCUCGUAGUUAUAAAAGGUUUUGAAAAACAGUAUCUCUGAUUUCUUUUUUCAGACUCUUCACUAACACAUUUUCCAACUGCCAAGCCAUAUGCAUUUUUUACCCCCAAGUGCCUGGUCAAAACUCGACAUUCAAGUCAAGUUUACUUCUUUAGUCAAGCCUAUUACAUUUCUGUCAGGUAAUAUAUCCUCAUAUGCAACUGAUACUAAGCCAUUGGCCGUCAACGGCUGUAGAUGAAAGCCAAAUCAGUCUCUGCUUCUUUUGUAUUUUAUUCAGUCUAGUCUUUUACUUUUCUUAAACAAUUGUCGUCGCAUGUGACAUAAGUAGUUGUUACUUAAUGUGGAAGUUGUAUACGAAUGUUACAUAUUCUAAGAGUUAUCUGCAGUGAAAUGUUCUAUAGACAAUAAAAUAUAGUUUAAUCACUGA